AUAUUAAAAUGUGGAAAUAUAUUGCUUUAAACUAGUAUUAUGCACACUCUACAGACUGACAUCUGACAUCAAAAUCAAAAAUCAAACGUAUCCUAGGAAACCGUAACAGACUUUUCAGUAUUGAAUGAUACGUAGACAAAGGAUAUUUGGAGUUUUUAUCUGUUAUACCCUUUAUACACUAUCGUAUUAUAUUUUUACAAAUCAUUGAAGGAUAAUAUUGUGUUGAGCUAUAAAAUAGAUUUGAGCAUCAGAUCAUUGUGCACAUUGCAAGAUUAAGUUUUUACUUUCUCUUAUCACUAAAUAGUAAGUCAUACUGCACAGAUAUCAGAAAGAGAAUAUACAUAUUGAAUAUGGUAUCUCCUUAAUAACAGUACAUGAAGGAGUGAUUUAUCAGCUGAUUAUUCGCUACACUGUUGCACAAUUACGUUGAUAUAAUUUUACAACACACAAAGGAAACAAUGGCACCAACAAUACCAAAAAAGAUAUCCUCCAAAGUGUUGGAGAUAAGUAAAGAGCAGCCUAUAAGUUUAGGAAGAAGUAUGUACAUAUCACGACAGGACUUGGGUGCUGGUGAUAUGGACUGGAUGCGAGGAAAGAUUUUGCUAAAACCAGAUGAUCAACUGCAAUUAACAGAAGCUGAAUUACAAGAGGAAUUCGCCAAGAUAUUAACUAUACACAAUACAAGGGUACCAGACUCCUUAGUUGAAUGGUCAUGGAAAUUACGUGAAUUUGUAAAAUUAUCUCCUCCACCGCAUUUAUUAACUCUACUGAAUGUAACCGGCACUAUACUACACAAAGACUCUGAAGAGGCCAAAGUGCAAUUGGCAGGAGGAAUUAUUGCUGAUGGUCAAGAGGAAGCAGCAGAUGAGGAACUGAAGCAUGAUGAAGCUGAAGAAGAACCAGAAUAUAAAGAAGAGGAAGAAGCAGAGGAAAUCGACAAAACGGUGGAAGCGGUAGCCGAAGCUGAACGCGAAAUGGAAGCUGAGCCAGAACCUGAGGAGGAUGAAAUAGAAAAACCAAAGCCUAAGAAAAUACCUAAUCAAUUCAAUUUCUGUGAGAGAGCAGCAUUGACAUAUGAUAAUCCUAUGAGGGUAUGUACAUUAUAUCUCCUAUUUGUACGAAACAGCAAUGUAGAUAUUAUAAACUCUGUUUCUCUGGAAAGUAAAAGUAUUGGAAAUGAUAUAUACAGAAUAAAAUCAAAUAUUUUGCAGGAUAUAAGCACACAAACUAUACCUCCACCUACUGCAACCUUCAAUGCUAGUGUUUUUCAAUGGACUAUCUUUGACGAGUAUCAGGAAGACUAUGCUCAACAACAACGCGAGAAAGAAAAGGAGAAAAGAGCGCCAUUAACUCAACCAAAGAAGGAGGAUGUGAAGAAGAAAGCACAAAUGGAAUCUUUAGCAAUGACAAACAGAAUGCUACAAGCAGCAAAAACAUUGGAACGAAUGGUGAAUCAAAACAUUUUCGACGACAUAUCUCAAGAUUAUAGAUAUUGGGACGAUCCAAGCGAUGAAUUCAAAGAUGGCGAAGGCUCUUUAUUACCUUUGUGGAAAUUUUCUUACGAAAAGACUAAGAAACACGAUGUCACGGAUGUGUGCUUCAACAGCAGAUAUUACGAUCUCUUUGCAGUCGCUUUUGGAACACUGUCAUUUAAUAGUGCUAUAACAAAUGGCACGGUAUGCUUAUUCAGCUUGAAGAACCCAUCGUAUCCGGAAUGGAUCUGUUCAACAGAAACUCCCGUGAUGUGCCUAGAUUUCAAUGCUCAACAUCCAUACCUUUUAGUUAUCGGUACCAUGGAUGGAGCGGUAGCGGUUUAUAACAUAAUGUUACCACCGUCUACGCCACAAUAUAAGAGCAAUGACGUUGUGCAAAAGCAUGGAGGGUUAGUAUGGGAGAUUCGCUGGGCGCCUGAUACAGAAGAGGGAAACCUGGCGUUCUUCAGCGUCAGUAUCGACGGCAAAAUAAAUCACUGGGUGUUAAACCAGAACGAUCUCGGUCUCACUACCGUUAUGACGUUGUUCCUGGACCGGCCGCCUAUUCCGGGACCGGACGGCACGAUGAUUACGCUCAAAGGUAAUGCCAAGCAAAUAAUAAUAAAAGAGAAGCAGGAAAUUUCCUUAAACGUGACGAUUAUAUGGCCUUUGAAUUCAGGAUGCGGAACGUGCAUUGCAUUUCAUCCCGCCGAUCAGAAUGUUUUCCUGGUAGGCACGGAAGAAGGUACCAUGUACAAAUGCAAUACGGCGUACAGCAGUAUUUACAUGAGAACGUAUCACGAGGCGCACACUAUGCCGGUAUAUCGAAUAGUCUUCAACAAGUUCAAUUCCAGUAUCUUUGCCAGCUGCUCGGGCGAUUGGCGAAUCAAAAUCUGGGAAGAUGAAAGACCGGAACCUUUAUUCAUGUUUGAUCUGGGUGUUCCGAUUGGAGACGUUCAAUGGGCCCCAUACAGUUCAACAGUGCUCGCCUGUGUAUCAAACGAUGGCAAAGUUACGGUGUUUGAUUUAAAUGUUAACAAGUACAGACCAAUCUGCAAUCAGCAAAUUGUCAGUAAACGAAAGAGCAAAUUAACCCGAUUAGCUUUUAAUAACGCAUUACCGUUUAUAAUAGUCGGCGAUGAUAAAGGCACUGUGAAUACACUAAAACUAUCCCCAAAUUUACGGAUAAAAGUAAAACCAACAAAGAAACAACUACACUUGUCGCAAACAGAGUUGGAAUCGAUGAAAUUGGAGAAGUUGCUCAGUUUUGUACGAGAACCUCCAGUAUUGAUUCCACCUAAAGACGUAAGAACAGUCAGCUAAAACUGAUAUGUCAAACAUAAAACGGA